AUGAAAUAUAAUGACAAAGUUGUGGCUCAAACACGGACACCUGCGACUGACCAACCGCUGUCUGCAGCCCAACUUGAUCUGAACUCAAGAUGCACUGGACGUUGUGUAUCCGAGGUAUGCUACCUGCCUGACGAAAAUGACUGUCGCAACUUCAUCGUCUGCGAGCGGGACGCCAGGGGACGCUACUUUGCGAACCUGCUAGCCUGUGCCUUCGGUACUUACUGGGCGGGGCUUCAAAGACAGAGGAAGAUCACCUGCGAUCUCCCGGAGAAUGUGAUCUGCAAUAUAAACUACUGUGCUGGGAAGGUUGUCGGGGAAAAGUACGACCACUAUGACGGCAACUGUAAAACCUACUGGGAAUGCACCCCCAAAGGUCCAAAGCCUUUCUGCUGCAGAGAUGGCUUCCGCUACGACGCCACCACGAAGGAUUGUGUAGUGGAUGUGGCCGGCACCUGCAACCACGUGUGUCCAAUCAAAAUAGACGCUUGCAUGCAGUUGGGGCAGUCAUCGGAGUUCCUAAACGAUGGCAACUGUCGCACCUACUGGAACUGUGAGGACAGGCGCCCCCACCCUGUCUGCUGUCCGGACGGUCAGGGAUAUGACAUCCAGGCGAAUAGGUGUGUGCCAAAUGUGGGGUGCAGGGACCAAUGUCCGAGAGAGUACAUGCCGGACAAUUGCUUGCAGCAAGGCGUUGAGAAGUACAACAUUCAUGACUCACACUGUAGAACAUACAUGCGUUGUAACGCGCAGGACGGUGAUGAACGCUGGUGUUGCCCGUCUGGUGAAUACUUCAACACCGCCACCCAGAUCUGUGAGAUUAUGCAGGCAGACUCAACCAAUGUGUGUGAUGACGUGUGCCCCCUUGGUUACAAGGAAUUUUGCCCUCUACGGGCCUCCACCACCAACAGUUCCACGUACAUGGUGAUGAUCGGCGGUGUGGAGGUCUCCAUGCCUUGCGCGCCGGGCACGCUGUUCGAUUUCAACAAGUGCGGAUGUGCGGUCAAGGUGGCAAACGCACCAGACAACUCUUGCAACAUGGAGAUCGACAUCCUCUUUGACAGUCCCCAAAUGAUCCGCCGGGGCUCUCAGGACAAUGUGGAGAUUAUCCGCAAUGGAAUCGUCGAGGAAGGCGCUACGUUGAAUGGACGCAGUCCAUUCCGAUUCAAUGGAAAUCUUCGUUUCCGAACGCCAUUUGGACAGCAACAGUAUGACCACGUCUACGCCAGUGUGAUUUUCCUGCCAGAGACCUCGGCUACUUCCAGACAGGUGCUCAUCUCUAACUGUAUGAACAUGGAACUGGGAGGUCCCACCAUGGACCUGGCCCUGCUCAAUGGAGAGGUGGUUCUGACUGUAGUGACCAACCAUUUGUUAGCCAGCAACUCCACAGGCAGUAAGGUCUUGAAGCUUCCAUAUGACGUUAACAUAUGGCAGGUGGUGACAUUCAUGUAUGACGGUGAAAAUCUUCAUAUGGCUGUCGAGGGCCAGGGACCAGCAAAAUAUGCGUCCGUUCCUGUGACCGGUGGAAUAACUGUGGCUGCAGAGGGUCUUGACUUUGGUGGCUGUCCCCCCAUGCAAACAACAAGCAAUGAUGGCUUUAUUGGCCAAAUGGCGAAGCUGAUGUUCUCCAAAUGCCUGAAGAAGGAAUGGGUGGACAACUUCUUUACCAUUGUGAGGGUUGCAGCCGUUCCAGCUGGAAGCGGGUAAAAGGCCGCUAUAUUGGAAAGCUGCAACCGGACCAUUGCUGCAGACUUUGUCUUAACCAUUUGACACUCAGAUAUGCACUUUGACGCACGUCUUUACUCUUAAGAAAAUCAAAUCAAAUUAAAGACCUUUUUUAUUAGAUUCAAGUUUUAAAGGCUUCUUUCCAACCUUUAGAUACUGAUGAGCAGCAAACAGCAUACAAUCUGAACAGACUGCGAGUUACCCACAGGCUGUUCUGGUUUUAUGCUGGUUGCAUAUAGCCAAUUUCAGGCAUUUUCACUUUGCUUCUGAGUGGGAAAGGGUUAAACGUUAUUUUAAGCUUUAUUAAACUGGACCCGUUUUCAUCAACCCACACUGUUUUGCUCUCAGAAUGAUUUUUAUUGGAAGUUUACAUGGCAUUUAUUACCUUAAUGACUUUAAGAUGACAAGAUAUUUUCUUUUCUUUAGUUGGGUUUUGGGGGCAUGUUGAACUUUAUUUCAGUCAUUUUAUGCUUUUCAGUUAACCAACUCAAUAUCAUCAUGGACAAUAAUUAUAUUUACUUGAACAUGCAAAUAUUUAUCGUUUUCAAUACUGUAUAUUUUUUCUUUAUGCGUCUAAACAUCGGUUGCUUAAUACGCGGCCCCUGUUCCAUUCUGUGGUUUUACACUUUUGGUUGUUAACUGUGCUAUCAAAAUACAUGUAUGUGUAUUUUCAAGCAACUGUUUUAUUACAUACCUGGGGACCGUUUCAAUAAAGAUUGUAAUACACAUUUACGAUACGAAACAUUUUUCGAAGAAGCAUAAUUGCUCAAGUCCAUAUCAUAUGUUUAUAAAUUUUCAGUACUUAAUUUCUUACAUUUGCAACUCUAGUGCCUUAUAUAUUUGACGAGCGUAGCGAGCUAGUUCGUCUACUUAUUAAGAUUACAAAAUUCUCGCGUAAAUUAACAUUCUCGUAUGAUCAUUCAUGAAACGGCCCCCUGAUUUGGCGAAAUGUGAGUUUGAUAACUUUGUGAAUCUUUAUCUUUUGGCACCAGAAUUCAACAUCAAUUUUGAGCGUCUAGCCCUAAUUUUUCGACACUUUCAUAAGGUAAUUAUAGGAAAUUUAGCUCUGAUUUAAAUUGCAAUAAAAUAUGGACUACUUAUGUUGUGUAAACAGAUUUUAUUUUUAAUGACGAUUGUGUGCAAGAUCAUCAUAUAAUUUUUGUGUUUUUCAAUAAUUGUUAAGUGUUAGUUUUGAGUGUCCAACUUAGAGCCUGAAGUGGGUGAUCCUUAAGAGAGAAAGUUAGUUAACCCUUUACCGAUUAGAUACGUUUUUUCACGCAUUUGUAGUCCCUUAGAAAGUUAUUUAAUUUAAGACAUUUCUUACUAGAAUUAUGUUAUCAUUUGCCUUUCAUUUACCAAUAACAAGCAGCCAAUAAUUACUGUGCCAUCAAUGAAAUUGUGUAGAAUACAACACGCCAAUGAAUGUAUCUGUUUAAAAGUGAUAUGCAUAAUACUUGUACAAUGUAAUAAAUGUAUCACUCGACUGAGCAUGAGUGUCCUUUUUUCUUAUGUCUAUCGGUUCACUCUAAACUCAAUGGAAACAUUGGCUUAUGGCGAGUUUGCCCAACAGAACAUCACUAUUAAGAUCACGAUCUCCGGAGCAUUCAUUUUGCUGGGUUCUGAGAAAACAGGGCUUAAUGCAUGUUCAGUGCACACAGGCUAUUCAGAGACGGCACAUUCUGCUUCCUUAAAGGAUUUUUGUGUCUACAGAAGUCCAAUCUAAAGUAAAUUCAAGUCUAGUAGGAAUGUAUGGUCCCCAAUUAGCCAGUUCAGACUGCACAGGCUAAUCUGGGACGACACUUUAUGCACAUGAAUAAAUCCCAUUUUUCCAAAGCCAGGCUCAUGUGUAAAUUGAAAGUGUUGAUUUGUUGGUUUCAGUGUUAGCUUUACCUUGCAUUUGUAGAUCUUAUGUUGAAAGAGAUGUGCUGUAUCUGCUAUCAUACUA